CCCGAUGCGACGGAGCAGGAUGCCGGACAGGAGAGGCGCGGCCGUGCUCGACGACCUGCCCGACGACAUCGUCGUCGGCAAGAUCCUCAUCCUGCUGCCUCCCAAGGACAUCGGGCGCUGCCGCGUGGUGCGCAAGUCGUGGCGCAGCGCCACAUCCACGCCGGGGUUCAUGGUCGAGCACCGCCGCCGGCAGCCGUCGCUCCCCAUCAUCGACGGGAACGGACGGCCAGCCAGUUUCGUCACCCUCCGUGCCGCCGUCGCCGGCAGAGCCACCAACCAACAGAUCUGGCCCUUCCCCUCCCAGUACCCUAAACCCAUGGGCUCGGGGCUUUGGCUCCGCGCCUCCAGCGAUGGCUUCCUCAUCGUCUGGUGGAUGUUUAGAGACCGAUUCUACAUCUGCAACCCGACCACCCGCAAGCACGCUCUCCUGCCAUUACCUGGCUCCUCCUGCGUACACGGCCUCUACGAGCACAAAUCAACCGGGGAAUACAGGGUGCUCUGGUCCAUAAUUCAUGCGAAACAAGAAGAAGCCACAUUGUACGUCCUCACCGUGGGAGCCAAGGAGUCGAGGAGCAUCCAAGUCGUCCUGCCAACACUGCCUUCGCCUUCCCAGAAACAAAUGUAUCAGCUAAUCUACCACCUUCGCUGUGAGCUGCUCAGGAAGCCCCCACCAGUCCACCACUGCGGCAGUCUGCACUGGAUCUUUGGGCCCAAUCUUACUCUUGGCGGCAGCAGCACCCAAGGCAUUAUUGUGUUCGACACAGAAGCCGAGUCAUUCCGCUGGAUGAGAAACCCUCCCACCGGCACCGGCGACCUCAUGUACAAGAGGUUGUUCGACAUGGAGGGUACGCUUGCUUUUGUAUGCACCAAGUCAUAUAACACCGCCAAGGAUGUAUGGGUGAUGCAGGACUACGAGGCUGAAACCUGGGCCUUCAAGUACCGGAUCGACGUGUCAAUGAGACAGGCGUCACGGCCACUUGAAUCAACUUCUCCCAAAGAUACAAGGAAAACGAAGCGACCGCUUGAUUCAACAGUGACAUCUUUUGGUAGGAUGACUCCGCUAAAUGAGCAUGAGCUGCUGGUCAGCUUUAAUUAUAAUUAUGUCUUGCGUUCCAACACUGACGACAAGUUGUUAGGAGUGUUGACAAUUUAUAAGAGACGGUAUUGUAUGAAGCUUACCGGGCAUCGCCUCCAAGAGAGCAUUAUGCCGAUUCCGUCUGGUGAGAUGCAAGGAGAAGAUGAGGAGCUUCCGUUCUCCAUGCAGCAUGUCUGAUGGUUCAGGGCUUCAUUCUGGUUUGUUUUGCCCUUGGAGCAUCUACCUAUCCUGUACGAGUUAUGCCUCUGCUCUUAGAUCUUCUUAAGUAUUAGUAUUACUACUACAACAUGUUACUUUGUAUGAUCCCUCCUAGUAGCACCUAUAUGCUAUGAUCGGUUGUUGCUUAUUAUGAUGCCCUGAACACUGUUAUAAUGUUCUGAACUAGAGUAUCUAUGUAUGCUAUUUAGAUAUUUCUAACGG